AUGGUCAGCAUCGAGGCUUCAAACGCCUCCCCUCCUCGCCAGGUCUCUCAAACCAGCGCUCCCACGGAUCCCACAACCACCGUGGCAACAACAACAGGCGAACAGAUCAUGGCUACAGCCGAUAUGGAGUCCCUUCAGAGUCACAACAGCCAAGUGAUGCGAUCCUAUCUCUCCAGUCACUCCGCGGCCCAGUCCUCGGAGCCUAUCUGGAGCGUUUGCUUCGAACAACAACAAGCAAACUCCUCUACAGAUGACUGUGACAAUUACGCCCUGCACAGCUCGCCUGUCAUGAGCAGCCUCAACCCAGCUACAGACAGGACCUCAGCCCAGUCGUCCCCUCGCACUUGGACCACGUCACCGGAGCAGUGCAAUGCCAUAAACUGGGAGCCUGCGCCGGAGUAUACUACUCUGGAUCCCCAGUUUAGUUAUAGACCCACGUCCUAUCCCAGUCGGGUACCUUUAGUUACAUCAGAAGAAUUUCAUGACAUUGGACGGAGCCACAUUGAGACGUACCCAGCUGGGUAUUACCACAACUCGCCCAUGGAUGGCGCUCCUCCAACGCCCAUGUCGCCUUGCAGCUCAACGCUAGAUCUCACUGCCCCAGAUAGCAUUCCGAGCCCUCCGGAGACGGCAGAGGACUCAGACUCUCGGCCUGCGUCGAAGGAUAAAAUUAUCUCUAGCAACAGCAAGUCGGGGCACAAAAAGAACCAAAGCGGUGACAUCAAGAACGGCUCGUCCACCGAUGGGAGUGGAAAGAAGGAAGAUGAACCGUAUGCCCAGCUCAUCUACAAGGCUUUCCUGAGCACCCCCCGGCACGCAAUGACCCUGCAGGAGAUCUACCAGUGGUUCCGGGAAAACACGGACAAGGGUAAGGAUGACAGCAAGGGUUGGCAGAAUAGUAUUCGGCAUAACCUUAGCAUGAACAUGGCCUUCACAAAACGUGAACGCCGACUCAGCACCAGCGAAGACAGCAAGGACGGAAAGGACAGUGCGAGUGCCAAAAAAUCCACUGAAUGGUACCUCGAACCCUGGGCCGUCGAGCAAGGUGUGCAAAGCACGACCCGCUAUAGAAAGAGCAAUGCCUCACGCCGCAAUGCAACACUAUCCUCGACAGCAUCCCGCUCCCAUCACCAUCAUAGCAGUAUCUACAGACACCAUGCCUAUCUUAGCACCCAUCCCGGAUCAAGAAAAGUCGUCGCGGCCACGGCCGCUACGGCGGGUCUCUUGGCGGCUGGAAGCUUGGGCACAAGUACAAGGCUCCGCGGUAGCUCCCCCCGGUCGACCCCGCUGCGCAGUAACAGUACUAGCGCUGGCUCCCUCGCCGCCACCGCCUAUCAUCACCAGCUACAGCAAAUCCAGCACCAGCAGACGCAGCGGUAUUAUCAGUUGCUGCAACAGCAACAUCAAUUGAAUGCAGUCCACCCGGUAUAUGUAACUAGAGCUGCCGCCGCGGCGGGGUAUUUUACACGCCAUGAUUACGAACAUCAACAUCACCAUGAAACAUAUCACCAACAAGCGCAUCAACAACAUCAACAAUACCCCACCGAUCCACAGCUCUUCCCUGCUACUCCAGGCCCAUUGACCCCCGAGCCCUCAGCGUUUGGGGGCGAUGGGAUGCUUGCUAUGGCCGAUAUUCAGGCCGCAAGUAUCAAUGCCAGUGGCAUCGUUACCACCACUGUCACGACGCAGGGCCUGCCUGCGACGCCGUCGCCUUCGCCUUACCAUCCACUGAUGUACGAAGGGUAUGCUUCCGAACAUCGGGUGGCGGAGCCGUGGACAGCAGCGGUCACGUCACAAUCUACUCAGGCAUUGGCGGCGGUGGUUACCUGUGAAGCGGAUACAACGAACGGGACGACAGUUACUACGGGGGGUUACUGA